AUGCCUGCUGUAGCUUCUUUACCUCAGUUAGUUCAGAAAGAAUCUUCAAGCCAAUUUGCUCCUCGUCUACCGUCUUCGGGAUUGGCCGCAGACCGAGAUACGAUGAUGCCAGACCUGUACCAUAUUUUCGUCAAUUCUGUUACUAUCCCUAAUGUGGCAAGGUAUUCUCAAUCAACGUUACAGGCUAAUUCGUCCGCAAUAAGGUUUGGAGGAAGCGUGGCUUCGACGGGCGUGAAUCAAUUCAACCUCGCUCUAGCCUCGCCAGCAAUUCCCACGUUUGCCGUUCUGAAUGCAGAUCAUACUGAUCCUGAUCAACAACACUCGUCUUUCCAAAGAGAUCCGGCAGCUAACUCUUUUCUCGACCAAACUACCCCACUCGGGUUUGUUAUCACUAACAAGAGCGUCAUUCAAUAUCUUGUUCAUGUUUACUUCGAGUGCUUCCAUUUUCAUUGGAUGAUCGUCGACAAGGAGAAAUUUUUGGCACAGCUCAAGGAUCCAUGCUCGCCUCCUGAUCCGCUCUUGCUCGUCGCCAUUUGUGCAGCUGGUGCAAAAUAUUCCGAUCAUGAAGGGCUUUGCGCAGAACCAGGCAAUUUUGCAACGAUUGGUGAGCAAUUUUUAACUCAUGCGCGCAUUUUGCUCCAGGAUCGUUUUGAUGUGCCUUCCAUGUCUACAUUGCAAGCUCUCUUAAUUCUAUACUGGUGUCAAGUCCAGACUGGACGAGCCAGUCUCCGUUUCAUGUACGUGGGUAUGGCUAUCCGUAUGGCUCAGGUGAUGGGGCUUAACCGUCCCGUUGAUCCUAAGCGGCUCAAGGAUAUGGAUGAGCGUGAGGUUCAAAUCCGCAAGACUAUAUGGUGGUCAUGCUAUCAAGCUGACCGAUGGACGUCGGCUGCAUUGGGAAAACCAAUGGUUAUUAGUGAUGUGGAUUGUCUUGUUGACUACCCAGCCAGCCUUUCGGAGAGUGAGCGGUAUUAUGUAGAGUCAUUUCAUCAUAUGACUGAUCUGGCUAAAAUUCUUGGCAAGGUCAUAUUAAGUCUUUAUACCUCGACGAACGCUGCAACCUGCUCCUCAGCUGUGUUUUCACAUCUGGAUCAAUCCCUUUCUGAAUGGUUUGACUCAAUGCCUUCGAUUUCGGCUCCCAAUGAGGCAGAAAACGUACUUCCUACCCCUACUUCCUUGGAUAGCGCGGGGAGCACACCCUCCGCACGAAGUUCGACCUUGCAGCGUGGCAAGCCAUCAACAGGUAGCAAGUCUGCAAUACCUACCAUGAAAUCUCCAGAUACUACAACCGCAGCAAGCUUAGCAGUACCAAAGCCAGACUCUAGUUCUAUAGGAUACUAUGAACUUCUCUUCCAUACGGUUCGCAUUAUGCUUUAUCGACCUUUUCUUCAUAACAGCGCCCUUACUCCUAUCCUUCCGCUCACAUUGCAAUCACCACAAAGUCAGUGCAGGGAAUCUGCGGCAGCUAUAUCAGAGAUUGCAGAAAAUAUGGUUACAGAACAGCGCUCUUACCGACAACUCUUUAAUUCGAUUCAUAUUUCGCUAUGUGCUGCGGCUACCGUGCACAGAUUCGUAAUUAUUUCGUCAAAGACUUCAUCUUCACAAUCGACAGGUCCAGAAGCAGAAGACACUAAAUUGUUGGUGCUUUAUGUUCUCUGUAAAUUAACAAGAGAAUUUAACGUCCCUUGGCGCUAA